AGCAAUUUUCAGCAUUACAGAUCUUGUCCUUAUCCGUGCAUCCGGAUUUCACUUUGCAAUCCAAUCGUCUCUUCUCUCUCUGUUUUUAUUCUCUCAAUUUUGCAUUCAAAGUCAAAUCACGAGCCGCUGUACAGUGACAAUAACUCACAAACUCUCUUUUUUUGCAGCUUUAAAUUGCAGAUGGCAACCGCAUUCACUUCCAUACGGGGAGAAGCAGCAUCAAAUUCACAUCUCAACUUUGUCCCUUCACCUUCAUUUUCAUUGCUUUGCUCCCAUUCCAUUGAUACAUUCAAUUAUUUAUUGCCUCCCCUGCUUCUGACAUUAACUCUUUUUCUGAUUUCUAUUACUCUAUAUACCAAUUUUCCCAAUUUUAUAUUCAGGGGCUGCUGGUUUUGCGUUUUCCUACAUGUGGAGGGAGUAUAUUCUUUUCCCACCAAGCACAAGAAUCCGUUCAAUUUCUGGAUCGGCUAGCGGGAUUUUAGGGAUGGGUUUGUUCAGAAUCAAACAUGGGUUUUUUUAGUUCUUUUGUCUUUGCUUUAGUACUGUGUCCGUACCCUUUGAAUCUCUGAUGGGUCUUUUUUGGGAAAGGUUUUUGUGUGUGAAUUGAGAGGAGAAGGAAGUAAGGAAGUGCCCUGAAGGUGUUUGAUAAAAGUCCUGACUGGAGAGAUGGGUUCUGGUAAUGGGUUUUAUUCCACUGGUGAAUUCAAUUUAGAUGCCAAAUGGUUGAUUGAUCCUAAGCAUCUUUUUGUUGGGCCAAAGAUUGGGGAAGGUGCCCAUGCCAAGGUGUAUGAGGGAAAAUACAAAAAUCAGAUUGUGGCUAUAAAAAUGGUGGGUAAAGGAGAUACCCCUGAGAGGAUGGCCAGAAGAGAAGCUCGGUUUGCUAGAGAGGUUGCAAUGUUGUCCAAAGUGAAACACAAAAACUUGGUGAAGUUUAUUGGCGCUUGCAAGGAACCUAUGAUGGUUAUAGUGACUGAAUUACUCACAGGUGGCACAUUGCGCAAAUAUCUCUUGAAUUUGAGGCCAAGGAGCUUGGAACUUGAUGUGGCAAUCGGGUUUGCGCUUGAUAUUGCUCGUGCAAUGGAAUGUUUACACUCCCAUGGAAUUAUUCACCGUGACCUUAAACCAGAAAACUUGAUAUUGACUGCAGACCAUAAAACAGUUAAGCUUGCUGAUUUUGGUUUGGCAAGAGAAGAAUCAGUAACAGAGAUGAUGACUGCAGAAACAGGAACAUACAGGUGGAUGGCUCCAGAGCUCUAUAGCACAGUCACCUUAAAACAUGGAGAUAAAAAGCAUUAUAAUCAUAAAGUUGAUGCCUACAGUUUUGCCAUUGUAUUGUGGGAGCUCAUCCUUAACAGGUUGCCUUUCGAAGGCAUGUCGAAUUUACAGGCGGCAUAUGCAGCUGCUUUUAAGAACAUGAGGCCCAGUGCCGAAAACCUUCCGGAGGACUUAGCUUUAAUAGUGACAUCAUGUUGGAGGGAAGAUCCAAAUACAAGGCCAAACUUCAGCCAGAUUAUACAGAUGCUAUUGCAAUCGCUCUCUAGAAUAUCACCACGAGCACCUGUGAUCCCACCUCGGAUAUGUGCUUCUGAAAAUGUCGUGAUGCCACCCGAAUCUCCCGGUACAAAUUCCUUGAUGGCUGUCAGACAUGGCUCAGGGGAAGCUUCACACGGCAUGAUCGAAGAAACGCCAAAAAGCUCCUUCUUCUGCUUUAACAAGUGUUACUGAUCCAAUGAAAGAAAACCCUAGAAAGCAUAGUUUAACUUUAGUUGUAGUUCUAUGAGAAUGCCCAAUAAGCCAAACCAGAAUAUGCAACAGAAUUUGGAUUGUUGUCAGGUCAGAAGUUUGAGAAUCUCUGCUUCUUUCAACAGAUGUAUAGGAUCAUCAUUGAGUGAUGGCACCCAUCUUUCCAAUAAUCAAGAAUCUUGGCAUGUAAUAUUUCUGAAUUCUGUUGGGACUUAGAUAAUGAGAAAUUCACUGAUCAUAAUGGUUGUAAAUAAA